AUGAGCGUCGUUGCCAGUAGACCAGAAAACCCUGCUGUGCCAUACACAAUUCCUCAGGAUGCGGCAACUUGCAAAGAGUUCGCCGUUGCGGUGCAGCCAGUAACUUCGCGUACCUCUUCUGUUUCUUCCUAUCGCACCAACUACACAACCUCGACCGCGCCAACAACAGGUUACACACCUUCGUCGCCUGCUUCUUCCUAUCGCCAAUUCGACUCCGUUGGAUCCAUCCCCAAGAGCAUUGAGUCCGUUCAGCGACGAAUCCCGCAAGAGGUUUACGAUGUCAUCCUUAACAACCUUGAAGUGCUACACAAGGCGCCGCACCAGACAGGUUGCACAACUUGUUUCCAUCGCGACCUGCAUGCAUUGUCCCUGACUUGUCGGUCCUGGGAAAGGGCUGUCCGUGGACGGCUAUAUACUCAAAUUCAUAUAGUCGGAAAUGAUUCCCCGGCCCAAUUAAAACGGUACCGUCUCAAGAGGGGUAGCCGUCUAAAGUUGUUGAGGCGUACCCUACGCGAACGAAACAUGCUGGCCAAUCUCGUCCGUGAACUACGUGUGCCCCAGAUGGAUCUACUCUUCACCACAACAAAACAAAGCGCGCAAUGGCAAGAAUAUCGAGACCUGGUCGCGUCUGUGGUGAUGGUGUGUCCGAAUCUGGAGCGACUUUUGGGUCUGUCUAUCCCUUACCACCACGAAUUCGAUCGUCUUACCCACGCCUUGUCUACCCGCAAGCGACUGAAAGAGCAUACCUGGGUUCUGGGCGAGGCAGUGGAGGCCACUGAGUUGUCGCCUCGUGACGAUUCUUGCCCUGGAAGUUUGGGGCCCUCUCAAAUGUUCGAAUUCUUGGAUUACCAUGUUUCAUGGGGCAACUUGGAAACAUUGAUGCUAUACGGUCUCAAUGGAAACGGUGCCUUGGAGCCGAGUAUUUUCCUGCGCAUGUUUGAUCUCUUGCCCUCUCUGCGGAAUCUCUGCAUCUCCUCGUUCAACAAGGAUGCAUUUGCUGAUAGCACACUACUAUGUUUGCCUCCGCUGGAAUCUUUGCGAUUGGAGAACUUGCCUGGUGUGACUGAUGCAGGUAUCGCACAGUACGCCAUGCGUCCAGAAUCGCAAUCGCUCAAGUCAUUUAUCCUGGUGGAACAGAACAUUGAGUCUCUGCUGGUCAUCUCCAAGCUACUCGCAUCACUCAGACAACUUGAGCGAUUCAAGUUUGUCCAAAGUGACAAGUGUCCUACGCUGGAAGAGGAAGGGAUGGUUUUCCAACCUAUUCUCGCUUCGGCCAGCCUGAAGUAUCUCCACUGGGAUGUGGCUUGCCCGGACCCUGGCACAGCACUCACUCAACUCGAUUCCCUACCUUUCCAGCAACCCCCGAAGCAGUCCGAUACCCCCAAUUUCCAUCUCGCUCAAAGUAUUCUCGCUGCGGGGUUCCCAUGGCUGGAAACUCUCCGGGCGCCGAACGACUGUCAGCCUCCUGGUGCCCUGCAAGCGGUUUGUCGACCUAUCACAAAGGGCCAAGCGUUACUUCGACCAGACCGUUACAGUUUACCCCGGAGCUCGCACGGCUCCGUCAGCAUUCGACCCCUUGCUUUGCCUGCCGGAAAUAACCUGACCUCGUCUCGAAUCCGAGCACAAACUUUCAUUGAUAUGGCCAUCAAGGAUACCGAAUCAGGCAUGCCAGUAUUGAUUGAGGACUAUUCAGAUAAAUAUGUACCAGACAACGCGUUACUUGGAAAUUUCGAAGAAGAACCAGAACCAGAGAUUGACGACUACGGGAUCUGGGAAGCGUCCGAACGGUAUAAACACGAUCCCCCCCGUGUCGGAUGA